AUGACUCGCUAUUGUGCCCUUGAGUAUCUUUCUCCCACAAAAUCUGACUCAAGAAUCCUUAUAAAAGUUCUACGAGUUUGGGAAAAAUUCAACUACAGUAAUCAUCGCCAGGAAUUGCAUCUUAUCCUCGGUGACGAAAAUGGUUACAAUAUAGAGGCAUCUAUAGAUCAGGAUCUUAUUUCUUCCCUCGGUCCAAAGUUUAAAGAAGGAGAAUGGAAUUAUGUCAAAUUCUUCAACGUUGUCAAUGCGUUCAGAUAUUUCAGAAAUACUAUAAACUACCACUUCAUCAACAUGAACGCCGAUACUGUUGUAGACAAGACGUUUCAAGUCAAUUCUAAGCAUAUGAUUGAUUUUAUGCCAUUUGAUGCCAUUAUUCGAGGGAAUUUCCCUACUGAGUACUCUAUCGAUUUGAUCGGCGUAAUCAUCUAUGUUGAUGAUGAUCUAAGUACUGACAUUGAUGACCCAUACGAGAUGAUUUUUGGACCUUCUCACAAAUUGGACAUUCAGAUAAGGGACAUGAAUUAUAAUGAUAUGGAUAUCGAACUCAUUGGAAAGACUGCUCUGGAUUUCUGGAAGAAGUGGGAAGACUUAUGA